AUGGGAAAUUGGGCACGGUUUACACUGAAGCAAGCGUGUGACAUGUUGUGGUCGGACGAAUUAACGAAUCUUAGGACCGUUGCGACGGCCACAGUAAGGAAACUUUCCAGAGCCAGGAAAAAGAGGAACAGUGAGGAAUUUGUCCGGUGCCUGGAUGCUCGAAGGGACGCAAGGAGAGCACUGACUAGGGCUAUUAAUGUAUCCAAGAAAAACUCAUGUAGGGACCUGCUGGACUCCAUAAAGGAUCCAUGGGGCAGAUUUUACAAACUGGUCUUGGGGAAACUAAUGCCUUAUGCCCCACCAGUACCUGAAAUCAUGGAGAAUGAGGAACCCACGUUCUCAGAGGUGACUAUCUCUGGGGAGGAGAUCUUGGCUGCUGUCCAGAAAGGAAAAGGAAGAAAGGCUCUUGGACUGGAUGGACUACCGGGUAGCGAUGCUCAUCCUGAUCAAACAGAAAAGGACGCGCUCCCAGACUCACCGGGAUCAUACAGACCUAUAUCUGUGAUUGGCGAACUGGGGAAAUUAUUCGAGCCGGUAGUUGUUGACUGGAUCAACAGCUACUUAGAGGAGACUCGGACUCUGUCGCCAUCACAGAAUGGGUUUAGAUCGGGAAGAUCCACCGUGAAUGCCGUCCUCGAUGUUAAAAACUUGGUGGAGGCAUCGACUCGGGUCAGGGAGGUGGUUAUCCUGGUGAGUCUGGAUGUCUCAAACGCUUUCAGAUCCUUGCCGUGGGUCGUUAUCGUUAGGGCGAUGGAGCGUGAAAUUUUUCCACGCUACCUGGUUAGUAUUACCAAGAGCUACUUGGACAAUGGCGCCAUAGCAUUUACGGACAAGUAUGGACGCCCUGUGAAAUGUCACGUGAGUUGUGGGGUCCUACAGGGAUCCACUUUGGACUCUAUGUUGUGA